AGCGGCAUCCAAUAGGCGUCCACCGAGGGCAUUAAUUGAUGAAGGUGUCUCCAGACCUCCUCUUUCUCUUGUCUUUUUAUGUGUGGCUCAGCCAGCAGCAGGAAAAGCAGCUGCUUUUUCAGCUCUCUCGGUUUCUCCCUGUCUCAGAUUCACUCUUUCCUCCCUCCCUCUCCACCCUCUCUCUCUCUCUCUCUCUCUCUCUCUCUCUCUCUCUCUCUCUCUCUCUCUCUCUCUCUCUCCCUCCCCUCUUCUUGCUAUUUUAUUCCUCUGGUUGAGGCAGCGGUGUACACCUACCCCUCCGUCCUACUGCUGACCAGAGGGGGAGUGGAGCCGGCAGAGGCAGGUAGCAGCAGCAGCAGCAGCCCCGGACGCAUUCCUCCACCAUGCCGGACCGGGGCGAGAGGCGAGGAGCGGAUGCUGUCUGCUCUUUAUCAGAGCGGGGCAGCCUCUCCAUUUAAGUCAAAGUUUUCAUGACGCAGCAGCGGGUGGAUUAAAGGUGUGAGCAGGAUGCCUUGAGCUCGCGACCCCCUGUGCCAUUUUGCCGGUGCCGAGAGUGGACGCAUUACAAACAUGGGAGACCUGGAGUGCGGGUUUGAGGAGAUGCAAGGCGUGCGGCUGGGAUACCUGCUGAUCAAAGGCAAGCAAAUGUUUGCAUUGUCUCAGGUUUUCACCGACCUGCUCCAGAACAUCCCCCGAACCACGGUGCACAAGCGCAUGGACCACCUGAAGGUGAAGAAGCACCAGUGUGACCUGGAGGAGCUGCGGAAGCUCAAAGCAAUAAACUCCAUCGCCUUUCACGCAGCCAAGUGCACGCUCAUCUCGCGCGAGGACGUGGAGGCUCUGUAUUUCUCCUGCAAGACGGAGAGGGUGUUGAAGUCCAGCAGGAGGAAAGCGAGAGCGACGUAUCCCCCUGGGGAAGACGAUGAGCAAGAGGAAGAAGAGGAGGAGGAGGCCGAGGUGUGGGAUGAAAAAGUUUGGUUCAGUUUGCACGGAGUCCCGGAGACUCUCGUGCGUCACAAGGCUGUCAGGAGGAAAGAGUUGACUCCUUGCCUUACCGACUCAAAACUACCUCAAUUUUACCACAAAGCGAACGCGCGGAUUUACCGAUCCGCGACCCGGUCAGGCCACAAACACUUUAAAAACUAUGAAACUGAGAAAAUCGCAGGGAGCUGCGUCGCUCUGAGCCAAAGGCACCCGUUUUUCCGGCAGCCACUGCUGUUCCAGCCCGACUUCCUUCACAAAAGAAAGAGGAGGCGCGAGGUGGGCGGCGGCAGGGACGGCGCGAGGCACCCCUCGUGCAGGAGCAGACACGCGCAUCUGCACGCACCGCCAGUGCUGCUCCUACAGCCGAAAUCCGCCAAUGCUCACGCCACGUCUUUCGGGGCUUUCCACCUCAGUCCGGAUAUCUACCACCACCACCAUCACCACCACCACCAUCAUCACCACCACCAUCACGGGUCCGGCUUCACGGAGAGCUACAGCAGCGACACCGAGUCCAGCACCUACUCGGACCGGGACUCCGACUUCGGCUCCGGAUUCUCCACCAGCAGCAGCUCGGAAGAGGAAGAUGACACGGAAAGUUCAGAGGUCAGCACGGAGGAAGAGGAGGAGGAGGAAGAAGAGGAGGAGAGCUCAUCUCAAUCCGACUCCAGCUCCGUUUCAAGCCGCGUAUCGGUCCAAAGCAUCCGGUUCCGGCGGGCGCGUGUUGGUCUCAGCACACCUAAAGCACAUUUGGUCCUGCAGCCCACAUUUCACUACAACAACCAGCAGCAGCAGGACAACCCGCACAGACCUCUGGGUGCUGCCCCCGCAUUCAGAGACACCAAACAUCUGAAAUGUGACUUUUUACGCACGGAGACAAGCAAGGACGCGGGACCUGCCUUCGAAUUAAACUCCUCUGCGGGGGGGAAGUUGUGUGUGGUUCAUCCGAACCGGACCAAGGAGGACUUGGAGGCCUCACCCCUGCCAUGCAGGAUGCCGGGACUUGACUGUAAGCCGCAGAAAUGUGUAGACAAAGGGGAAGUGAGUGCCACCUGCCCGAGAGUCAGCACUCCCACGAAAAGAAUAAAAACCGAGUCAGAGGAGGCCCCCGUGACCCCCCUACCGGAUAGCAGGAGCACCAGGACGCCUCCCUUCAGCCUCCACAAUGUGAAAGUUAAAGUAGAGGAGAGCUGGGAUGAGUACGAGUACCAGGCAUGUGUGGUGAAAUGUAAAAGAGAUAAGGGGGACAGCAGCGUAGAGAAAAGUGCCCCCAGGUCCCCUGGACCCCAGACAUGCAGGAGCAGCACCCCGCAGGAGGAGGAGGGGCAGCAGAUGCACAGAAACAUCAGGACUCCGGUGCUGAGGGGGAAAAAACCCAGAAUUUCCAGAGCAAAAUCCAAGCCAAACGCGCCCAAAGUCGCUACCAAGGCCGCCUCUUCCUCCCCUGCCUCCUCCUCUCGUUCAGCGGGCUGCGAGGAGACGGAGGAUUUACCGAGCAGACGCAAACGCACCACUGUAGCAUCUCCCGCAAAAACGCCUUUCAGCCUGAUGGCAAACUUCCCAGAUCCACCGUCGCUCGUUGUCGACAGCGACGGGGAUUUGUGCCCCGCUUACUCCCUGAACUCUCUGAGGGGCCCCGGGCCUCCCCCUCCGUCCCACCCCGUGUGGAGGUGGCAGCCAGGCGGACCGAUUCUCCCUCCCCCACUACAUGCUCAGAGGACGAGGAAAUACUGAAGAGAGAGAGAGAGAUUGUUUCUUUUAUUUCCACCAUUUUCCUACCUUUCUGGAUUUACAUUCCGCAUUUUAAAACGUUUAAUCAAAGAAAACAUCACGUGACACAUGGAUUAACCCCUAGAACCUUUAAAUAAGCUACAAAUUCUCUAAGCAAUAUGUUUUGCUUUUCUAAAUUUUGUGUUUUUGACUAUUUUCCUUUUUCCCUAUAAUUCCUGACCCGUGGUAAACAAAAACAACUAAAACUGUUUUCUGAUGGACAUUUAAUCUGGCAGGGAUUAUUUGAUUGUAAAUAAUUAUAAACAAAGAAGAUUCAGGGUCGUCCCCCCCCCCCCCCCCCCCCCCCACUCUGUUAUAUUUUAUGAAUCAGCGCUGUUGUGGCCAAAUCGGUGCCCAAAAUGUACUGUGAUGAUUUGAAUAGAAUUCCUUGGGUGAAAAGGGGUUGAGUUCUGCUUGUUGUGGUUUCUUUUGGGGGUGUUUUGUUAUUAAAUGGCAUGGGGAGGGGAGGGGAGGGGAGGGGGAGAGCCCAAACGCAGCACACACCAGCCUUGUGCACCUACAGACAAUCAAAAACGAGAAGAAAGGCUCAAAAUCUCCAAAUAUCCCACUUGGCCGCCGGUUUCCUCUCUGCAGCAUCAUGUGUGUGCGGGGGUGAGUGUGUGUGUGUGUGUGUGUGCGUUUGGAACACAAACGCGUGGAGGAAAAACGCAAAACAGUACUUUGUAACCAAUUUGUCUGGGAAAAACACGAAAGGGCGCAAACGCAUUGCACUUUGAGACUGUUUUGCGCCUUUUGUUCUAGCGAACUGUUUACAAAUCCCUUUAUUUUAUUUUAAAAGUCCAGUUUUUGAGAUACAAAACUAAUUGCAAUUUAUGUUUUUCCUCAUCAAGAACCAACAGAUUGAUGUGAAAUGUGUGAAAUGCAUCCUGAAUGUAGCUUUUUUUUUCAUGCAGCUUUUUGCGCCUCCAUGCAGGUUUAUUUUGAUUUUUUAAGUGAACGUGUCCACGUUGUCUCACGGCUCUGCUAAUUGGCUCGCAGCCUUUCUGUCGGUCGCAAAGAGAGGCCCAUGCAGCAGCCCGAAUCACAGCACACCCAAAGUCCGUGAGUGAUGCCUCCCCCACGAGCACGCGCGCUCGGAGGGUUGCAGAAUGCCUGAUUGUAGAAUUAAAAAAGGGAAAAGUAAAUCAUGCAUCUAUAUUUUUGCAGCUCCAUCUGCACCAAUAGGCCUUACUCCUUAAAGCUGGAACUUUCUCAGUUGCGCGUACUUUGGACUCCACGUGGCGCAAAUCUCGAGUGCUUUGCAGUAAACCCGGGGGGGGGGGGGGGGGUAGAAGCUUUAUAUUUAAUCCGCAUGUCUACAUUACGGGAACAGGGAUGCACAGUGCAGAACCGAGAGGAACGGCCUGAAAAGCCGCCUGACGCACCAACCUGCGAAGGUGCAGGUGGUGACGUCACGAUUCAAUUGUCAUGACAAACAUCCAGUUCCUCCUCUUCCUCUCACAUCCUCUUCAGUUUUUCUUUAAUGUUUUGGAUACUUGAGGUUUUUGAGUAUGACGUCACUGGCUGUUUAUAUAGAACUGAGUAUUUAUUUUUGUGAAUUUUGAUGGUAUUUUUGAAUUAUUGUUGUGAAAAUGGACAACUGCACUCGAACUGGAAACUUGAACGGUGGUUUUCUGAAGCACUUUCCCUUUAUGUUGCUUUUUUGUUAGUUUUCUUUUCUUUUUGAAACUUUCAUUAAACGGGACUGAGUGUAA